GUUAAGUAGAAGAGUUAAUCCAUGUUUACAGUAAGUCCAGCAAGGUCUCAUGACCUGCUUUCCACCUCUUUAUGGGUAACUUCUACUAGAAGAAUACCACACAUUUAAUUAGUUAGUCAUGAAGUUUAAUGUGGUCAGACUAUCUUUUUGGGGGAGGGAGACUAGACUGGACUCUAGACAGUGGUGUUACAAAUGUAGCCUUGAUUAAAAAAUGUUACUGAAUAGACCAAUCUUAUCAUUUUUAAUUGACGAUCACUGUUUGCACUCAUUUAGAUAAUUAUUUUAGUUAGAGGAAUUUAAAUUCCCAGGCAUAACAUUUAACAGUGGAUGGCUGUAAUCAAAAAUAAUUUUACAACAGUUAUAUCAUAAUGGUAAGUAUUUAUUAAGUGUUCAGUGUUGUCAAGAUUCUUUACAAAAUUUUACUAAUGCCCAUCACUUUUUCCUUGUUCCUAUGUAUAAUUUCAUAGAUUUGAUGAAAGUGGUUUACCGACAACUGGGACUAAUUUACAGUUGACAUCAGGUUCUAUUGGUUCUGAAGAAGAGUUCAACAUGGCAAAUGGUGAUGCAAGUAGUUCUGACUCAGCUCCGUCAGUGACAAAUAGACCAGCUCUGCAGCAGUUUAGAAAACAAAAAGAACAGGCAGCUGUUGAAGCCACAUUGGAACCAAAGCCCAUCAGAGCAGCUCCACCAACUCAAACCAAACCCAGGAAAUACGGCGACGAGCGGAAAAUUUUGGAGACAACUAAUGCAGGACCUCAUCGCCCAUCAAUCCAAAGAGGAGGGAAGUGGUACAAGGAGAUGUUCAAAGAAUUACAUUCAAAUGCAGGAACCUCCUCGAAUCUGUCGGGGUUACUCGCUAGUGAUGUCGCCAAGGGAACAGUGAGAGAGUACGAAGGCGGUUCUGGUUCUUCAACGCCACCAAGGAGCGCGUCUCCGUCUCCUGACUACAGAGACAAUGAUGUGUUUUCAAGGAGGACAGAUUAUGUCAAUGAAGUUCCGGUUAGAAGUGCUAACACAAGUAACGUGUCGUCGCAGCCUACCCCAGCAUGGUCCAGUGACGAAAACGAUCGAAAACCUUCCUGGCAGCAGACCGGCGAGAGAAAACCGUCACGGCCGAGCCAGAGUCAUGUUCCAGCGUGGUACAAGGAUAUGCAGAAAGGAGUUGAGGUGCCAGUGCAGACGAUUGAAGAACCAGAGUCUUACAUUGUUCACAAGAAGCCAUCUUAUGCAAAUGUCGGCGAGGAGAGAAGAUUUCAGGAACCAGUCUCCACAGCGCCUACGACGAUGAACGUGUCUCCAUCUUACUUAGACCAAAGGAGAUCUCCAGGAUCUGUGACAGUUCAGAUGGAAGAGAAAUACCAGCCUCCCAGUGCGACAAGUUUGUACGAGAGUCGCUUCCAAAGAAGGCCACCGGGUCCAACACGAACUGCCUCAGAAGAACUACAAAUCCGACAACAACCUCCAUCAGACGAAGAUCUGUUGAGAAGACGAGAGGAGGAGGCCGCACGCAGAAGGAGGGAGGAAGAAGAACAGAGACGAAGAGAAGAAGAGGAGAGGAGAAGACGGGAAGAGGAAGAUGAAAGGUUGAGGAGGAGUCAGGAAGAAGAACGAUUGAGGAGAGAGUACGAGGCUGAACUAGAAAGGAGAAGAAGAGAGGAGGAAGAAACUGCCAGAAGAGAAGCCAAUAAACCACAGUUCCUGGCCAGGGCUUUGUACAGCUUCCAGGGUCAGACAGAGAAAGAGCUGUCAUUCAGAAAAGGCGACAUCAUCGCCGUGAGAAGACAAGUGGACAAGAACUGGAUUGACGGAGAAUUAAAUGGAAGGCGUGGAAUUUUUCCUACAAAUUAUGUCGAGAUUCGACCUGCAGAUGAGGAGGAAGAGGACGAGGAACCACCCCCACCCCCACCCACUCAAAAACAAACUCCACGAGUCCAAGUUAGUGUUAUACAACCACAGACACAACCACAGCAACACCAACAGCCAACAACUUUCACUCAACCCCAGGCUCAACAGAUUUCCCCGCGGCCUUCUGCUCAACCAGCAACACAAUCUGUGACUUUGGAGGGGGAGGCACGGGUGAGGUACAGCUUCAAAGCGGAGACACAAAGAGAGCUGCCUUGUAGUAAGGGAGAUAUUAUAGCUUUAGUUCGCAAAGUGGAUGCCAAUUGGUACGAGGGACGGGUGGGUGACAGAAAAGGAAUUGUACCUUCAAGCUACUUAGAGGUCUUCAGAGAACCUGAGGUUAAAGUCAUUCGACAAGAACAAAUACGACAAGAACAAAUACAGCCGGUGCAAUCAGCACGUGCGGAGCAGGCUCCUGAUUUCGGAAGACCAGAACCCAGUCACGAAUUCAGACAGCAGGCAACAGCGCCAAUAUUCGACAUUAAGGUUUUCUUUUUUGUCGCCAGUCUCCCCGGGGCCAUGUACUCAGGCCAGGCCGCUCCUGUUAAACACACGCAAGUGAAGUAUAUCGAGGAGCCAGAGGAGCCUCACUUCAAUGCUGGUGGAAUUGUAGCACAUGCAGUCAUCGAUGAGCCGAUAAGAAUAGGCCACGAGCAAGGGGAAAGGUACCUCGCCUUGUUCAGUUACGAACCUGUUAAUGAAGAUGAGUUGCGCCUUGAGGAAGGCGAUGAAGUGAUUGUCCUGGAGAAAUGCGACGACGGUUGGUUUGUGGGUACGUCUUCUCGCACGCACUCAUUUGGAACUUUUCCUGGUAAUUACGUAAAAAGAGUUGGCUAUUGAAGAUUGCAAAAAAGAACAGCAGAAAGCCAGUGACGUUGCUUUCCGCGUGGUGACGUAAGAGAGGAAAAAGACAGUUACCACUCCGCCCUACCACCCUCAACCUUCGUUUGUCCCAUCUGCGCUUUUAUGAACAUGCUAUAUGGCUUUUAUAUGGAUUAUAUAUAUUAUUUUGAGAUUAAGAUACUGCGAGAUGGGUAAAACUGUGAACUGCUCUCUUUUAUGAGAGUCAGUUUGUUAUCACGGCAAUAUACAGCAUGUACAGUGUUUUUAUUGGCCUCUAAGUAAGAAAGGAAUUUGAUCUUCAAGUAUAAGUCUGUUACAUGUAGUUCAGGUCUUGUCACGCAGCGCCACCAAGCGCGUUGCGUGACAGAGCGCGACAGAGCGUGACAGAGUGGCAGAACUGGACCAAAUUACAUUAAGCUAUCUAGACACUAUGUAAUAUCUGACAAUUUCUUUUCUAGUGGAGAUAAAAAUGAAAAUAUUUUAAUCGUGCUUUUAGAUACACAUACUUAGGGAAUUUAUAUCAGGAAUUAUUGGAAGAGAUCUUUUUACCUGUUUUCUACUGGACUGUUUGACUUCUGUAAUGCAUUUUGAGAAUGGCGAAUUGACUUUUUCAUAGCGUUUGUGCUUUGCAUGUAGAUAAUACGCAACUAGGCUAAAAGAUCAGGAGGUCAUAGAGUGCUUGCUCCUGUUUUGAGGGAGCAAUGCCUUGGGAACAAGAGUGUCUAAAGUGACAGGCGAUCAGAGACCAAGAUGAAACAAGAAAGAUAAAAGCUUUGCGAAUUUCCAUAAGCAAGAAACAAUUGGGGACUGGAUCCGAAUUGGUCAGUGCCAUGUCACAUGGUACCCAACAUACUGCCUCGUCUGACGAGCGUGGUGGCCUGUGGUAUUUAGGACAAAAUUGUUUAUCAGCGAACAAAGAUUUUGUCGGAAGUAAAACCUAUAUUUUAUACAAUUUCCAAGGUAGCCUACUGAAUGUUUUGUAAAGUAUGUGAAAUUAAAAGACUGAACAACAAAACUAUUAGCCACUGUGUACGAUCAAUUUUAAUUUUUAAUUUAGCAUUUCAUUUUUGUAAUAAAACAGUCUGAUUUUA